AACAUGUGAUCACCAACCAUCCAUCCAUGCAAAUGAAAAGCAUAUCCAAAACCAAAAUUCUUAAAGCAAGCCUCUCAUUAUCCAUUACCAUUGCCACAAUCCAGAUAACUUUUCCAUAUUAAUAAGCCCACACAAAAUAAUUAACAAUAAUUAAUCAUAAAUCAAAAUUAAACAAAUGUUGCAAAUUACAUGCAAUUCACAUGCAACAUCAAAAGCACCAUCAUCAUAUACUAACAAAAUCACAAUCACAUUGACGCUAUCAUCACAAAAUCGUCCACAUUUUUCAAACCACACAUUAAAACUCACGCAACCACAACAACCACCACAAACCACCACACUUCACCGAACAAUGCCGACCGGCGAACUCCGAUCACCACCAAAAUCAACAAACAAUUCCACCGCUGUAAUCGGAUUCGAAGACGAAGGUUGGUUAUGGUCUCAAAUCAAAGCUGAAGCACGCCGUGAUGCUGAAUCGGAACCGGCGUUAGCGAGUUAUCUUUACUCAACGAUUCUAUCUCAUGCUUCACUUGAACGAUCACUUUCGUUUCAUCUCGGUAACAAGCUUUGUUCAUCAACGCUUCUUUCAACUCUUCUCUAUGAUCUUUUUCUCAACGCUUUUGCUACUGAUCCUUCUUUGAGUUCUGCUGCUGUUGCUGAUCUUCGUGCUGCUCGUGAACGUGAUCCUGCUUGUAUUUCUUACUCUCACUGUCUUCUCAAUUACAAAGGAUUUCUCGCUUGUCAGGCGCACCGUGUGUCACACUUGUUGUGGAGGCAGGCUAGGCGGCCCUUAGCUUUGGCGCUACAUUCUCGCGUUGCUGAUGUAUUUGCGGUGGAUAUUCAUCCGGCAGCAAGGAUUGGGAAAGGGGUUCUGUUUGAUCAUGCCACAGGGGUGGUGGUAGGUGAGACAGCUGUGAUUGGAAAUAAUGUGUCAAUCCUGCACCAUGUCACAUUGGGUGGGACUGGAAAGGUUGGUGGGGAUCGCCAUCCCAAGAUUGGGGAUGGGGUGCUCAUUGGUGCUGGUGCUACCAUUCUGGGCAAUGUUAAGAUUGGGGAAGGUGCUAAGAUAGGUGCUGGUUCUGUUGUUUUGAUUGAUGUGCCGCCGAGGACCACUGCUGUUGGGAACCCAGCGAGAUUGGUUGGUGGUAAGGAGAAGCCAUCUCAGCAUGAGGAUGUGCCUGGGGAGUCCAUGGACCAUACUUCUUUUAUCUCUGAGUGGUCUGAUUAUAUAAUUUGAAUUUCAAAGGUGAAAUGCUUGACAUCAAUCACUUGAUGUUGGAAUUGCAUGGCUUUAGAACCAAAUUUGCUUUUCUUAUCUCAUGUGUUUUGAUGUUCUGUUCUUGUAAUUGAACCAUUGUGUUGAAAUUUUGUUGUGACAAAUAGUCUCAAAGUCACUAAACUAUGUUAAGAUGUGAACUUCCCUGUAAUUUAAGUGUAUAAUAAGGCUGUUGAUCCCUGACAUGAAAA